GCCAAGGGUUGGGAGGAGGUGAAUGGCACGGGAUUCCAUCAUUUUGAGACUAGACGUAGGGUGGAGAGUGCCAGAAGGAGGGCCGCGGUCUUAGGUACCAGUUUAUCCCACUGUAGUCUGCAGUGAGGCAAGAAGCCAAACGCUUUGCGGGAUGGGCGGGGAAGUUGAAAACGGUUCCGUCCUCAUUGCUUUCUCCGCCCACGGCGAAUAAGUGAAACGGUCCGCCUUUGAAUUUACUCCGGCGCCCCCGCCGCCAGCUAUGCGCGCAUUCCGGGCGAGCGCCUGUUCCGGGUUUGCGGCCGGUUAGAAGCGACCGGAAGAGGCGGGGCCGCGAGGCGAGCGCGCCUCUGCGCCUGCGUGAAACGUUGCGUUAGAGUGUGGUGUCCGAACCCUAGCCUCGGUUUGCACGUGGAGUGCCGAGCCGCUUAGCGAGGGGGUCUCUCGUGCUUGGACCCUAUUUCAGUACUAUGGGGCGCAAGUUGGACCCUACGAAGGAGAAGCGCGGGCCAGGCCGUAAGGCCCGGAAACAGAAGGGUGCUGAGACCGAACUCGCAAGGUUCUUGCCUGCAGCUGGUGAUGACAGUUCUAGGAGGCUGUCCAGUCGUGCUCGGAAAAGGGCAGCCAAGAGGAGGUUGGGCUCUGCUGAAGCCCUGGAGACGCAUAAGUUCCCUGGGGCCAAACCAUUGCCUGGAAAGCCACCCAAAGGAAUCUCUGGAGUUGCUGUCCAGAUGCCUGGGAAGAGGGGAGCCCAGUCCUUACUUCAUGCUACUCAAGGCAAGAAGCGUCCAGCACCAACCCACAGUAGUGAGGAGGAAGAGGAGGAGGACGACUCUGAAGAGGAUGGUGUGCUGAACCAAGGGGGUCUCUGGGGCUCUGAGGACAGUGAUGCUGAUAUGAUAGACGACUAUGGCGCUGACUCUGACUCAGAGGAUGAGGAUGAAGGUGAAGAGCUGCUGCCCAUUGAGAGGGCUGCUCGGAAGCAAAAGGCCCAGGAAGCUGUGGCUGGGGGCCAAUGGAGUGAAGAGGAGACUGAGGAGGAGGAGGAAGAGGAGAAAGAGGAGAAAGGGUCGCCUGAGUCAGGCCCCCAAAAGGAUGAUGAGACAGAUGGGGGCUUACAGAUCAAUGUGGAUGAGGAGGAGCCUUUUGUGCUGUCCCCUGCUGGGGAGAUGGAGCAGGAUGCCCAGGCUCCAGACUUGCAACGAAUUCACAAGCGCAUUCAGGAUAUAGUGGGAGUGCUGCGUGAUUUUGGGACUCAGCGGGAGGAAGGUCGGUCUCGUUCUGAGUAUCUGCACCGGCUUCAGAAGGACCUGGCCACUUAUUACUCCUAUGGAGACUUCCUGCUUGGCAAGCUCAUGGACCUCUUCCCUCUGUCUGAGCUGGUGGAGUUCUUAGAAGCUAAUGAGGUGCCUCGGCCUAUCACCCUCAGGACCAAUACCUUGAAAACCCGGCGCCGAGACCUUGCUCAGGCACUAAUUAACCGUGGAGUUAACCUGGAUCCCCUGGGCAAGUGGUCAAAGACUGGACUGGUGGUAUAUGAUUCUUCCGUGCCCAUUGGUGCUACCCCCGAGUACCUGGCUGGGCACUAUAUGCUUCAGGGAGCCUCCAGUAUGCUGCCGGUCAUGGCCUUGGCGCCCCAGGAACACGAGCGGAUCCUGGACAUGUGUUGUGCCCCUGGAGGAAAGACUAGCUACAUAGCCCAGCUGAUGAAGAACACAGGUGUGAUCCUUGCCAACGAUGCCAACGCUGAGCGGCUCAAGAGUGUCGUGGGUAAUCUGCACCGGUUGGGAGUCACCAACACCAUCAUCAGCCACUACGAUGGGCGCCAGUUUCCCAAGGUGGUGGGGGGCUUUGAUCGAGUACUUUUGGAUGCUCCCUGUAGUGGCACUGGGGUCAUUUCCAAAGACCCAGCUGUGAAGACUAACAAGGAUGAGAAGGACAUCUUGCGCUGUGCUCACCUUCAGAAGGAGUUGCUCCUGAGUGCUAUUGACUCCGUCAAUGCCAUGUCCAAGACGGGAGGCUACCUUGUUUAUUGCACCUGUUCCAUCAUGGUCGAAGAGAAUGAGUGGGUAGUAGACUAUGCCCUGAAAAAGAGGAAUGUGCGGUUGGUGCCAACAGGUCUAGACUUUGGCCAGGAGGGUUUUACUCGCUUUCGAGAAAGGCGCUUCCACCCCACCUUGCGUUCUACCCGCCGCUUCUACCCUCACACUCACAAUAUGGAUGGUUUCUUUAUUGCCAAGUUCAAGAAAUUCUCUAAUUCUAUCCCCCAAUCCCAGACAGGAAAUUCUGCAGCUGCCACCCCUACAAACCUAAACUUGCCUGAGGUGAAAGGUCAGGUGACCCCCAAGUUUGAGGGCAGCAGUCAGCCUGCCAAGAAGGCCAGAGUGGCUGUGAAAGCAAAGCAGCAGUUGCAGAAACAGCAACAUCCCAAGAAGGCCUCCUUCCAGAAGCAGAAUGGCAUCUCCAAAGGGACAGACUCCGGAUUGUCCACUGUAUCUAGUGAUACAAAGUCCCAAGCUUUUCCCAAGGUCCAGGACAGCAGUCAGCGAGCUCAAGAAGCUGAAGUGAUCAGGGGACCAAAGGUGACUAAGAAACUAAAGCAAAAGUCAGCUACUUCGCUGUCCUCCAAGAAAGUUGCCUUCCGGAAGCAGAAUGGUCCUCCUAAGGGCACGGAUACAGAAGUGCCUGUGCUAUCCCUUUCCAAGACCCAGGCCACUAUCAACCCUGAGGACUGUGAUCAGCUCCUUCGAAACACCAAAAGGCCUGAGAAGCUAAAGCAGCAGUUGCCAGAACAGCCUUCCAAGAGAGCUGCCUUCCAGAAACAGAAUGGCACCCCCAAGGGUCCUGAGACUUCCACCGUAUCCCCCCUUGGUUCCAGCCAGCCUCCACCAGCAAAGAGGAGGAAAUCUCAGUCCAGAGGCAGCAGCCAUCCAGUGUUGUACUAGAUGAAUGGUUGAAACUAGACUGGGGUGGCUCAUUGCUGUUGGCACUGGGUUGGAACUCUUACCUCUGUGAGGUUGGCAUCUCCACUGUGCAUAUGAAAUCUAAUACACAUUUUAUAAUCUG